CGGCUGCGCGCCCGGGCCGCGGCCGCGCCCCCCGGAAGCGGCGGCGGGCGGCGGCCAUGGCGGCGGAGCAGCGCUACCCGCGGAGCUCCAUCGAGGAUGACUUCAACUAUGGCAGCAACGUGGCCUCGGCCAGCGUCCACAUCCGCAUGGCGUUUCUGCGAAAGGUCUACAGCAUUCUUUCUGUUCAAGUUCUAUUGACCACAGUCACAUCUGCAAUUUUCCUAUACUCUACUGGAGUGCAGGCAUUUGUUCAUGAGAGGCCUGCCUUGCUUUUAAUAUCUGGGUUUGGAUCUCUGGCUGUGAUCGUGGCACUGACCCUCUACAGACACCAGCACCCUGUUAAUUUAUACCUGCUGUUUGGAUUUACACUACUGGAAGCACUGACAGUUGCCAUUACAGUGAGUUUCUAUGAUGUCUCCAUCGUUUUGCAAGCCUUUAUUCUUACUGCUUCUGUAUUUCUUGGAUUGACUGCAUAUACCUUGCAGUCAAAGAGAGACUUCAGCAAAUUUGGAGCAGGCCUCUUUGCUUGUUUGUGGAUUUUAAUCUUCUCAAGUUUCUUGAGGCUGUUUUUCUAUAGUGAGACGAUAGAGUUGGUGUUUGCUGCUGCUGGAGCUCUUUUGUUCUGUGGAUUUAUUAUUUAUGACACUCAUUUGCUGAUGCACAAGCUGUCUCCUGAAGAGUACAUACUGGCUGCAAUCAAUCUCUACUUGGACAUCAUAAAUCUGUUCUUACACUUGCUGCGUUUUCUGGAGGCAUUUAAUAAAAAAUAGUCAAAAGCGAUUUCACUACAGCACAAUUAAUGUUAAGUUUAUGGAUAAUCUGCAAACUCAGUAGUUCUGCCUUCUAAAGACUGAAUCUUUAUUAUGUUUGCAUUCCAUGAAUAUUGGUCCUUCCUUAGGGGAAAAAUAGCUUUUUACAUAGCUAUAGUUCUUCUCCAGACCAUGUGUAUUAUGUAGCUAACAUGCUGUCAUCAUUACAGUCACUUUUUUAAUCACUUAAUUUACAAUGUAAUUAAUGAUUAAAAUUUUGUCAACUCCUGUUUGACUCAGAAUAAGCUUCCCUGCUGAAAAUGUUUCCUUUGGGAUUCAUCAUUCGUUUGUGUAUCACAUAAUCACAUAAGGGUAGCAGGAGUUUACCAUUGUGCAAUGUUUUCAAUGUUUUACUAAGAUUUUUUUUUUUAAGUUUUUUUUUUUUUUAAGUUUUUUUUAUUAGUUUUGGUUUGGUAAAAUGAAAUGCUGUCUCUGAGAGAUACUCUGUCCUAGUUAAGGGCUGUUGCUAUAGAAGCUGUGAAGGUGUUAAUUAAAGGGAAUAUUCUUCAUUUUAGUAUUAUUGCCUAUCUUUCAUUGUUCUUAAAAAUCAUUUGGAGAUUGAUUAUGGCAUUUGAUCAACUUACGUAUAAUAAAACUCACUGUGUAUCAAUAAAAA